AUUCUCCUUCGAAAUUUCAUAUUUGGUGGCUUUAAGCUUUCUUUGGGGGUUCCUGGUUACGAUCAGUUGUCUUAGGAGUGUUGAAGUGUAGAUGAUGAAUACUAAAUGAAAAGUCUAUGAGGCUUAUACUUUAAGUCAGUUAUAUUCCCUUAAUGGGUUAUGUAAGAAAAAUGGUAAAUAUUAGCGACGUUUUGGGAGGAGUUUCUUUUGGAAUCUCUGUCAAGGCCAAAGUUCAAAUGGAAAAAAGUCACUUCAUAUAUGUGACAAAACUUACUCCAUGUUUUGGGGUUAGAAUAGGGGAAUCAACUUUGGACCUGUCUGCAAGUGAAAGGGCUCUACAGGUGACGUCAAAGAUGGUUCACAUUCCAUCACGACAAGCACCAAGGCAGGCACUAGUUGUUUUAACUACAGAACUUGGCAGUCAGACAGAGCAAGUGCCUCCAACUGCAGUAUUUCAGUUGGGUCCGGAGGAUAUGCGUGGUUUCAGAUUCCUGAUUAUUUCUGUUGCACCUUGUCCGACUAUUUCAGGUAGACCUCCGCCAGCAGCUUCCACGGCAGUUGGGCAGUUCUUUAAUCCACAGGAAGGGGAGAUUGAAUUUUCUCCACACGCAAUGCUUCUAUCUACAUAUUCACCUAAGGAAAUGUUUCUGAAGGAGGAUCAUCCCCUCACUUUCAAUCUGUCAUUUGCUAUUAGCUUAGGCCUUUUCGCUGCUACUUUGUCUUUGAAAACUGAAAGCUGUGGAAUAAAGAAAGCUGGGCUUCCAGAUGAAGAAACUGGAAACAUGGAAAACAGUAGCCCAAAGGAGAUAAUACAGAAGGCAGCCCAGGGAGUAUGGAUAAUGGCCCAGCUGAGAGCAAAAGGGAAGAACAAAUGGAGGAGGGCAGUUUGGACAAAGCACCCAGGCAGCUGGAAUUAAUUGAAGCCUCUUUUCCAGAAUUCAGAGAAGAGCCUUCAGUGGUGGGGUCCAAAGACGGUUAGGAGGCGGCACAUAAAAUGGGAAAAAGCAGAGAAGAGCAGGGCAUGAUUAUGGAUGUUAUUUUGAGCUGCUGAGUAGAAGUGGAGAGGGCUGGCUCUCAGAACCCAGCAUUCCAGAGUUUAUUUUCAUUUGGCUGUUACUGUUAUUUUGGCUGUUGCUGUUAUUGUUUUGAUUUCCGUUAUUGUUGUUGUUGAUGGAUUUGUAGAGAACUUUGUGGUUGUGUUGAUGAACCUUUAGUGAAGCUUGAGCAAGUUAUUGUAAUUUUCUGUCAACAUGGAUAUGGAGUGAAACAGUAAACUUUUAUUCAAUAGAAAUCCUUCCAGUACAAUCA